GUAACUCCUUGUUUAAUUUUCGCAGUAGUGAAGGGGAAACAGAUCUCUGUUUCUCGCUACUCUGGUAAAGACUUCCUUUCCUGUGGCGAAACGAUCGAAUCAGCUUGUAAAACCAUUGGUCGUGCUGUUACGCAGGCGCAAUGGAACGACACCAUUUGCAUUGAUGGCACUGGAACAUCUCGUGAUCCCUAUCCUUGCUCAUCGGGUACAUCAGAUCCGGAGCAAAUUUACAUCAACAUGAGCCUAUCGUUUGAAGGGUAUGGAGAAAAUGAGGCAAUCCUUCAGUGCUCCUCUUCAAGGCAAAUGUUGUUUGAUGGCAGGAAUUUAACUAGAAAUGUUUUUAUUCGGUUUUCUGGCCUUACGUUUUUGAAUAGCCACGUUACUGUACAGAAUUGCUCGCUGUUUGUAAAUAGUUGUCAUUUCAAAGAUGCCAUGUCUUUUCCAAACGCAACAGGUGUAGUUCAUUUUGAAUCGUUUGAUGAACAUGACCUUUCCUUGACGGUUGGGCGGUCCAAGUUUAUCAACAAUGGUUUUCCAUGUAUCUAUGUCCUUGGGAGCAGACCGAAAAUCCAAAUUUUCGAAACUGCGUUUAUCAACAAUACCGCCAACGGUACAAGCGCUUUGUUUAAGUGGAUUUAUCAGAGUAUUUUUAUGGUGCUGUUGCCAACCGAACGUUUAAGAUAUCCCAGGACAUCUGUUUCGUUAACAAGCAGUUUAUUCGUGGGAAACAAAGCGCCUUUAGGAGGGUGCCUUUAUUUGGAGGGGAUCAUCUCUGGGGAGACGACAAACAGUCAAUCCCAACGACAUCGCAGCAAGAAGACACAGAUUAGAAAUGUGGACAACAAAUCGCAUUUAUUCUUCUCAAGCGAAACAGGACGUUUGCUGUCCAUCAGUAAAGUUUCAUUUUCCAGCAAUCUAGGAAGAGCGAUUACCUUGACUACUCUUGACAGCGUUAACACUUUGAUAACAAGCUGUAAUUUCGUGAACAACGGUUCUCCUUAUUACGGUGGUGCUAUUUAUCUUGACGAGGCCGGGCCAUUCUUAAAUAUUGUCGACAGUGAAUUUAUUGAAAAUAGCGCCCAAAUAUCCGGGUCAGCAAUUUACUUUUCACCUUCUUUUUUCGACGUGUAUUCAGUUCUUGUGAGAAAAAGUUUGCUUAUGGAAAACGUUAUUACAGGAUAUGAUCCUUCUUCGAGCAAAGGAGGAGCUCUGGCGAUUGACUGUCCGUCUUGCAACAAUAUGACAAUUCGUUUGGAAGAAGUUUCAUUCAUGUACAAUUCAGCCGCCAAUGGGUCCUCGACUCUGUGGUUGGACGUCUGGAAAUCAAACAUCUCUAUUGUAGAUUCUUUUUUCGUUGGUAACUCACUUCAUAACAAGAGAUUUUAUUACGGAUUGGCAAUCGCACACAUUUCCUCAAGUUUCCUCGGUUUAUUUGUUAUUAGAACCCUCAUAUCUGGAAAUUAUGCAGAACGUUGGGCAGAUAAAAACAAAAGACCGUUUCUUUUAUUUAUAUACUCUGGGAGUCAUAUAGAAAUAAAUAUUGAUGGAUUGCAAUACAAGAAUAACAAAGACAGUGGGAUUCGUAUUGAAGUGAGUGAUCUUCAAGGUCUCACAUCACAUACUGUUUCAAUAGCGAACGCACAUUUCAAAAACAACGAACUAUUCUCAAUAAAUUUCACGGUAAGAGGGAAUUCGUUGGUACAAAUUAAAAACACAUCAUUCAGGGGAAACGCAUAUUUAAGUUCAAAUGUACCACUAUUUUCUUUCUACUCUCUAAUUCAGGGAAACAACAUAAUGAUUGAAGAUGCCAUCUUUGAGAACAAUACAUCGCCAGGGGUAAUUGUACUGUUUCAAUUUCCUCCCGAUAAUAUAGAUCGUAAGGCUUGUAAUUGGUAUGAUUACAAAAACGAAGUUCGACUGACUAACGUAUUAUUCCAUAAGAACAAAGCCUUAAAUCCCUCUAUUAUACGACUAGAAAGUGGUUGGAAUGUUUUCAGCGAAUGUCAAUUUGUUGACAAUGAUGCCUCUUAUACUGUUUUCGUCGGAGAAAGCUCUACUAAUCUCGACCUGAUUGACACCUCUUUUCAUAAGUCUUCACAAUGGGAGGAGACAUUUAGCGGCUUUAUAUACUUUGCAAGUAGUGGGCCAAUAAAAUUGAAAAACACGACUGUUAAAGCCAAACCGUUUCAGGAUAUUGACUCGUACUUUAUGGUAACUGGCUCAAACUCAUCAAAUAUUGAUAAUUCGUCGAUCAUUCAGUGCCCAAUAGGAACGUUGCAAUCCUUAAGGAACUUCACACACCUUCGUCUGAAUUCAAAUGGUUACUGCCAACUCGAAAUAUACGAGACUAUAGCUCAAUCCUUUACUUACUCUUGUAAACGAUGUCCUCCUGGAUACUACAGUGUUGAACCAUCUGGUAAAAGUUGUCGGCCCUGCCCUUAUGGUGGGAAUUGCACAAGGAACAUCGCCGCCAGCCCAACAUUUUGGGGAUUUCCUUCACUUGAUGACCACGGAUCAGUUAGCUUCCGACAAUGUCCUACUGACUACUGUUGUCCAUAUCGAAAUGUUAGCUGCAAGUACGAAAACCAAAGAUAUUUGGCGAGUGGGUGUUCUGGAAAUCGCACUGGUGUCCUUUGUGGACAAUGUAGAUCUGGUUAUACAGAAACGCUCUUUUCUGCAAAGUGCCGAGAGAACAGCAACUGCAAAGAUUAUUGGUUCUGGCCAGUCGUUUUGUUAUACAGUUUUGCGUUUAGCUUCUUCCUUCUUCGAAAGUCUUCAAUCAUAUGUUAUGCCCGGCGGAUUUUACCAUGGGCCCGAAAGAGAGCAGCUGUCAGUGAUUUGACAUCGGAUGGCAGUGGAUACGUCAAGGUGAUUUUCUACUUCUACCAAGUCGCUGGUUUAGUAUUUGUAUCUAAAGACAGCGAGAUGCAUCUGGCAGAAAACUACUUAUUACUCCCUGUGAUGGGGUGGUUCGAUUUCAAAGCAAUUGGCUUAAAAGGCGGUUUGGUUUGCCCAUUUCUCGGACUAACAGUUGUUUCAAAGAUGUUCUUGCAGGCCUCUCAAGUGUUUGCCGUACUCUUUGGUGUCCUACUCAUUUUCGUCGUCAAUGGAGCUAAAAGAAAAAUACAACGAAAACGUCCUGUCUUCCCUCCCGCUGAUCAAUACCUAGCUGCCACAAUAGAUUGUUUGCUGCUAAGUUACUCAACAUUAGCGCUAACGGCUCUCAAGGCGCUGAAUUGCGUUCCCAUUCAAUCAACAUCACGGUUAUUCUACGAUGGGAAUAUCCAGUGCUGGACUUGGUGGCAGAAACUAUGCGCGGUCUUUAUCUUCAUGUACAUUGUACCGUUUGUUUCAGUUUUGUAUAGCGGAUCUAAACUGCUCUAUAGUAAAGAAAUUUCCACGAAGCGGUUCUUGUAUGCUUGUUUGUGUCCCUUGCCGUUCGCCAUUUGGUGGAUGGUUUUUUGCAAGAAGAUUCCACCUACUAAUGCAGAGACCCACCGAGUUAGCGAUGAACAACUGCCUUUGCUACCUCCACGUGCUCGUUCCUCAAGAAACGAUAUACCCGUCCAGGAUUCAACAGCGAAAGUUAUUUACGGACCCUUUAAGGAAUGUAUCGACGGCCAGGAUUCAGGAGCAGUGUUUUGGGAGAGUGUUCUCAUUGCUCGCCGUCUGGUGCUGAUUUCCCUGCACACUUUCAUCGUGUUUCUCUUCAUCCGGAUGGUUUGCUUAAGCAUCGCGUGUGCUUUUAUUCUCGUACAUCACUUGUGGAAAAGACCAUUCAAAGACCCUUGGGUAAACCGUGGAGAGACUGCCUCGUUAGCCGCCCUUCUCGUCUUGGUGGUUAUCAACAUGGUGGAACUUAUUUUCUCUUUCAGUGGUGGGACCAUUUCAGAACAGGACCGCAUAUGUUUAGUGGUGUUAAACGUAGUUGAAGUAAUAAUCAUAGGAAUACUUCCUGUAGUGUUUGUUCUUGUCAUUUUGUUUUCUCUCCUGUGGCAGCUUUUAAGGAUC